AUGGGAAAAUCACUUUCUCACUUGCCUAUGCACACGUGCAAGGAAGAUGGCUAUGAUGGAGGCACGGUGUCUGAUAAUAUGAGGAAUGGGUUAGUUCACUCGGAAUCGCACAAUGAAGACAGCAGAUGUGGAGAUGUAUCGCAGUUUCCUUAUGUGGAAUUUACAGGAAGAGACAGUGUCACCUGCCCGACUUGCCAGGGAACAGGAAGAAUUCCACGAGGGCAGGAAAAUCAACUGGUAGCAUUAAUUCCAUACAGUGAUCAGAGACUGAGGCCAAGAAGAACAAAGCUCUACGUGACGGCUUCUGUAAUUGUAUGUUUACUACUUUCCGGGCUGGCUGUAUUCUUCUUGUUUCCUCGCUCAAUCGAUGUUGAGUACAUUGGUGUGAAGUCAGUAUAUGUCACUUAUGAACAGGGUAGACAUAUAAUAUAUCUAAAUAUUACGAACACACUAAAUAUAACGAACAACAACUAUUAUUCUGUUGAAGUGGCAAAUAUCACAGCCCAAGUUCAGUUUUCAAAAACAGUUAUUGGCAAAGCACGGCUAAACAACAUCACCAACAUUGGUCCUCUGGAUAUGAAACAGAUUGAUUAUAUGGUGCCCACAGUCAUACAAGAUGAAAUGAGCUACAUGUUUGACUUCUGUACUUUAGCAUCUAUCAAAGUGCAUAAUAUAGUAGUGAUGAUGCAAGUGACGGUGACAACCUCUUACUUUGGCCACUCUGAGCAAAUAUCCCAAGAGAGGUACCAGUACGUGGACUGUGGAGGAAACACAACCUACCAGCUGGGCCAGUCAGAAUAUUUAAAUGUACUUCAGCCUCCGCAGUAAAAGCACCUGUUGGUUAGCAUGGAAUGACUGCUGUUGGUGCUUUGCAGAGAUCCUUUGAAUAGGACUGGUACUACACGAAGGGGGGAGUAUGUGCAUGUAAAGCACAGCGAACAUGGUGACCUGUUCACUUUAGAUGCAAGGAGAGAGAAGGUGCAAAAUGUAUAUAGAUGCACUUGUUAAAUGUUGUGUUUUCCCCUUCUGUUUGCUUUCUAUUACAGUAAGCACUUUUCAAGCUGUGUGGUGGGAGGGAGAGGGGGAAUAUCAGAUUCUUGAACUGAAUUGGGACCUUUCCUUACAGUGUGGUACAUCAACUUAGAGUAACUGUGUGUAUGUCUGUGUUUAGGUGAAAUGUGUCACUAAUGAGCAUUUUAGAAAAAAUGAUACCCAUAAAUUUUAAGUUUAGUCUUCAGUUCUUGGUACUUGACUAUUGAAACUGGCACUGUUACAACUUAAGUAACAAGAUUACUUUGAGGUAUCUGGGUGUGAAACUCCUAUUAGUAAACCAGUG